AUGGCUUCUACUUUAAUUUUCCUCCUCUUCUUUACAGUUCCUCUGAGUUUUCAUCUAAAUUCUGCACUAAACCAAGAAGGCUUGUACCUGUUAAGAGUUAAGGAUUCCCUCUCCGACCCUGCCGGUUCUCUCGCCAACUGGUCCGACCGUGAUGCCACCCCAUGCAACUGGACUGGAAUUACCUGCGACCAUCUGAACUCGGUUAUUUCAGUCAACCUCGACGGCGCUUCUCUCUCCGGUCCCUUUCCAAUGUUCCUCUGCCGGUUGCCUUCUUUAUCUAGACUCUCUCUCGCUAACAAUUCUAUUAACUCUUCACUUCCUGUCUCCAUUUGGUCUUGCCGGAACCUGACUUAUCUUGACCUGUCGGAGAAUCUUUUUGUUGGCACCCUCCCUUACAGUCUCGCCGACAUCCGCUUCCUCCGAUACAUAAAUUUUGAAGCAAACAAUUUUUCCGGCGACAUUCCGUCGAGUUUUGGUAACUUCCGGCAACUGGAAACACUUAGAAUUACAGAGAACUUGCUCAAUGGUACCAUUCCUGCUGCUCUGGGUCGGAUAACAAGCCUGAAAUUACUCCAACUUGCUUACAACCCGUUUUCACCUGGUCGACUCCCACCGGAACUUGGUAAUUUGACGAACCUUGAAGAACUAUGGCUUUGUGAUUGUAAUCUUGAGGGGCCUAUACCGGAGAGUUUUGUUGGGCUGAAUCGACUCGAGAACUUUGACUUGUCGGCAAAUAGAUUUACCGGUCCAAUACCAAGUCUGAUUUUUAAGCUCAAGAGUGUCGUUCAAAUUGAGCUGUACAGUAAUUUGUUUACUGGAAAAUUGCCGACUGGGUGGUCGAAUUUGACUGAGUUGCGACGUUUUGAUGCUGCGAUGAACAGAUUAACUGGGACAAUUCCAGAUGAGUUGUGUGAGUUGCCGCUUCAGUCACUGAAUUUAUAUGAGAACCAGCUUGACGGCCAAAUCCCAGAAAGCAUUGCCAAUUCCACAAAUUUAUACGAACUAAGAUUAUUCGAAAAUCAUCUUAUUGGGUCACUGCCGAAUGAACUUGGUAAGAAUUCAGCUUUACAAACAUUGGACGUUUCAUAUAAUAACCUUUCGGGUAAGAUACCCGAACAUUUAUGCCAAAGAGGAGCGUUGGAGGAGCUUGUAUUGAUAUACAAUUCAUUUUCUGGGAAUAUUCCGGAGAGUCUUGGGAAAUGCUGGAGAUUAAUGCGGAUUCGGAUGCGGAGUAACCGGCUUUCCGGAGAAGUUCCGGCUGACUUUUGGGGCUUGCCACGCGUUUAUUUGCUAGACCUUGAUAGCAAUGCAUUUUCGGGGAAUAUAUCACACAAGAUUUUUGGUGCAAGAAAUCUAUCUACCCUUUCAAUUUCGAAAAACAUGUUUUCGGGGAGUAUACCUAACGAAAUUGGAUCAUUGCAAAAUUUGAUCGAGCUUUCUGCACACGACAAUUAUCUUGGUGGAGAGAUCCCGAGUUCAUUGGUACACUUAGGGCUGCUUGGAAAGCUUGAUCUUAGUAACAAUCAUCUCUCCGGGGAGAUUCCAAGGGGAAUUAGAUACUUGAAGCAGCUCAAUGAGCUUAAUCUGGCUAACAAUAGGUUAUUUGGUGAAAUCCCGGAUGAAAUUGGGAGCAUAUCGGUGCUUAAUUACCUUGAUCUUUCUCGGAAUUCAUUUUCCGGUAGUAUCCCACGUUCACUACAAAAUUUGAAGCUCAACACACUGAAUUUGUCAAAUAAUCAACUUUCUGGGGAAGUGCCUCCUAUAUUUGCUAAGGGAGUUUAUAGGGAUAGCUUUCUUGGAAAUCCGGGUUUGUGUAGUCAUGUUGCUGGUUCAUGUAAUCCCAAAGGUGAAAACAAAAAUCGAGUCUUUUUGUGGAUAUUAAGGUCUGUCUUCAUGAUUGCCGGACUUGUUUUUCUCGUUGGAGUUGUUUGGUUCGUAUGGAAGUACAAGAAAGUCAAGAAAACGAAUAAAAGUGUCACUAUGACUAAGUGGACUUCAUUUCAUAAGCUAGGAUUUAGCGAAUUCGAAAUAAGUGAUUGCCUUAAAGAAGCUAAUGUGAUAGGACGGGGGGCAUCUGGUAAAGUGUAUAAAGUUGAUCUUAGCAAUGGUGAGACAGUUGCUGUAAAAAAGCUGUGGGAAAGAAAUGAAACCGGCUUUUGUAACAUAGAUUCUGAGAAAGACGAGUUUAAAAUUGAGGUCGAGACACUGGGAAAGGUUAGGCACAAGAAUAUUGUGAGAUUAUGGUGUUGUUGCAAUACAGGGAGUUCCAAGCUACUGGUGUAUGAAUACAUGCCUAAUGGGAGCUUAGGCGAUUUACUGCAUAUUAACAAGAGUAAAUUGUUGAAUUGGUGGACGAGGUUCAAGAUUAUGUUGGAUGCUGCUGAAGGACUCUCGUAUUUGCAUCACGAUUGUGUUCCUUCAAUUGUACACCGCGAUGUUAAACCCAACAACAUACUGUUGGAUGAAGAUUUUGGAGCAAAAAUUUCUGAUUUUGGUGUAGCAAAGAUUUUGAAGACUGUAAAUCGCGGCGUCGAAUCCAUGUCUGUAAUUGCUGGUUCUCGCGGUUAUAUUGCACCAGAAUAUGCAUAUACACUUCGAGUGAAUGAAAAGAGCGACAUAUACAGCUUUGGCAUAGUCAUUCUAGAACUGGUGACAGGCCGAGCUCCAACCGAUCCAGAUUUCAGGGAAAAAGAUCUGGCUACGUGGGUACGCUUGACAUUAGAUAAGAAAGGUAUCGAUCACGUGCUGGAUCCCAAUCUCAAUUCAGAAUUCAAAGAACACAUUUGCAGGGUACUUGAUAUCGGCCUACUAUGUACUAGUUCCUUGCCAAUGAACCGCCCUUCAAUGCGCAGAGUUGUCAAGAUGCUGCAGGUGUUGGCCGAUAACAUUCCUAACGAUGCACAAAAGGAUGGGAAGAUAUUCCCGUCUCUUUAUAAUAAUUGUGAUCAUGAAAGCAUGGUUUGA